AAAAGCUGAAACAGAAACAAACCAAAAAAUCCCACGAAAACGGUGUCGCGGGAACGUUGAACAAUUAUUAUUAUUAUUUGGAAGCACUGCUCCUCAUUAUUAUUAUUUUAUUCUCCUUGAUCUGUUUCUCGACGUUAUUAAUUCUCCUCGCUGGAAUCUGAACAUCGAAAAUCCAAAAAUCGAAAUCGCACACACCUGAAGGAGGAAGAAGAAGAAGACGACACAAGAUGUGGAGACGCGUGGCAUCACUUUCUCCGAUGAUUUCUUCAUCAUCUCCGUCUCGAUCCCUUGCGCGUAACCAGGCAGCUUUUGGGCUCAACAUUCGAGAAUCAUUUGCAACGGAGAUUAGUAAACCGGAGGAAGGGGCGAAAUCUCCAUUCAUUACGUUUGUACUAGGAGGACCUGGAAGUGGGAAAGGAACGCAAUGUGAAAAGAUUGUUGAGACCUUUGGAUUGACACAUCUCAGUGCUGGAGAUUUGCUCAGGAGAGAGAUCGCUAUGCACACUAAAAACGGGGAUAUGAUUCUGAACUUGAUUAAAGAUGGGAAAAUUGUUCCUUCUGAAGUUACUGUGAAGCUAUUACAGAAGGAGCUGGAGUCGAGUAACAGUUCCAAGUUUCUCAUUGAUGGGUUUCCACGAACUGAGGAGAAUCGUGUUGCUUUUGAGCGCAUUGUAGGAGCCGACCCGGACGUAGUUCUGUUCUUCGAUUGCCCUGAAGAAGAGAUGGUGAAACGAGUCUUGAAUCGUAACCAGGGCCGAGUUGAUGAUAAUAUAACUACAAUGAAGAAGCGUCUGAAAAUCUUUGAGGCCUUAAAUCGUCCUGUCAUUGACUACUACAAAAACAAAGGAAAACUCUACACAAUUAACGCAGUAGGAACAGUAGAUGACAUAUUCAAACAAGUUCUACCUAUUUUCACUCCAUUUGAAGAGCAAUUGAAGCAGAGUCGCCACGUAAAUCCAAAGUCUCCUUUGGUAGAAAAUUCUUCUUAACAAAAGACAAUCAGUCUGAAAUUUUUUCAUUACUUUUGAAUUUUGAUACGCUUUGCAUUGUUUUGUUUGUGUUAUCAUCAUAUAUCUCAUAAAAGGAAAAAAUAAACAAAAAAAA